GGAGUUUCGCUUCGUUCUGCUACUGCACCUCUUUGGGUGGAGCCGCGCUCGGGAUCUGGAAUGUGAGAGAGCGCGCGCGAGCGCGAGCGCAGACGCGGGGUUCCGAGGGAUCGGGACGGAGGGGAAGCGGCGAUCGACGCUGGCGAUCGCGCAUCUCACGGCUGAGUCCUCGUUUGGCCAUGGCCCACCGCUCACAGUGCUCCAACCUGGCGGACAAUCCAUUAGACUCAAACUAUCUGCCACCACAUUACCGUGAAGAGUAUCGUUUGGCCAUUGACGCUUUGGUGGAAGAUGAUCUGGAGGGCUACCAUGCAUUCCUUCAGACCGAAGGUGUGGUGGACUUUCUGUCUCGCCCCGAGGUGGAGCACAUCAAGAGUAGAGUGCAGGAACCCAGAGAGAUUUCUCAGCCAGACGUUCUGUACACGGACGGUGAGGCUGACGGUUCCUCCGACACCUACUGGCCCAUUCAUUCAGACAUGGAGGCCCCGGCCCUGGACCUGGGUUGGCCCACACGCCACAGCUUCGUCGGCCCCACAGAAGUUACCACGCUGGUCAACCCUGCAGAUCCAGAAAUGCCCAGCAUCAAGGAACAGGCCCGUAGGCUGAUUAAAAACGCCCAGCAGGUCAUCGCGGUGGUGAUGGACAUGUUCACAGAUGUUGACAUUUUUGCGGACCUCGUGGACGCGGCGGCGCGGCAUGUGGCCGUCUACAUUCUGCUGGACGAGCAGAACUCGCACCACUUCACCACCAUGGUUACCGGCUGCAGAGUCAACCUGGGCGCACUUCCUAUGAUGCGUGUGAGGACCGUGUCGGGUACGACGUACUUCUGUCGCACUGGGAAGUCCUUCAAGGGCCAGCUGAUGGCCCGCUUCCUGCUGGUCGACUGCCAGGCCGUGCUCAGCGGCAGCUACAGCUUCAUGUGGUCGUUUGAGAAGAUCCACCGCUGCAUCGCUCACCUUUUCCUCGGGGAUCUGGUGACCACGUUUGAUGAGGAGUUUCGGAUUCUGUUUGCUCAGUCUAAGCCUCUGGUCAUGGAAAACGCCCUGGCUCCAUUUCCAGGGGAUGUCGGCAAAUAUGGCAGCCAGUUUGCUUUUAAAAGGACCCAGUCACUAAGAAACCCCAGAGGCGUCCCAUACCUGCACUUGGAGACAGCCCAUCACGGGGAGCUGUCUGGAUACCCCUAUGGAGAACGAAUGGAUGUUGAUCGUUCAUUCAGGUUGGAAGACCCCUUUCGCCACGCAACCAAAGAUUUAGGCCAGAUGCAGAUGUCAAGCAAUAAAUUCUCCAGGAUGGAACGAUCUUUCCUGGACCAAGGCAGACCAAUGAUGGCCUCCCGCCAGAUGGAAAUGAAUGCGUUCAAGAGGCACAGCUAUGCGGAGGGCACGUACGAGAGCUACUCCUCAUCUCGACAGUUCAUGAAGCACCGAGUCAUGAAUAACCUGGAGGAGAAAGAGACACACUUUCAGAGAGAUCAGUUUCAUGCCCAAGGAGGAAUUUAUGAUAAAAUAAGGAACCAAGGGCAGCAUCAUUCGGACCAGCAUUUGGAAUCAGCUUACCUACCUGAGCUAGAACCUCCAGAGAGCUAUAACCGCCUGGGAGGCUACAUGCUUCCUGAAACCUGCAAAGGAACAAUGCAUGAAUCUGAGAAUCUAACGGGCCCCAGUGGGGGGCGCUACACUCAGACAAAACCAAUGAGGCCAAGUAUGGGCCAGUCAUAUGCAUGUCAGACCUCCCCUACACAGCCACACCCCCCUGACUUUAAACUGCUCAGUACUGGGGACAGUAUGGACAGGCAACCACAGGACCACAGCGCAAAACAGGGAUUGCGGAACUGGAGGAUUUCCUCAUAUUUAAGUACCUAUGAAAACCCAGAUGAGGAGGGCCUGUUGCAGCCACUGGGGCCUGAUGCUCUUGACGAGCCUUUGGAGGGGAAGCUGCAAGAACAGGAGCCCAGAUUUCGUACCAGAGAAUUUCCCAGCAUCACAUCUGGCAGGACUGAUAUGCUCCCACGCUACGGGAAGCCCAUGCUGCCUGGAGUGGCAGGGUCUCCACACACUGAAGAUCCGGCUCAGCCAGUGACAGAAUACAGAGCUACCUCUGACUUACCAUACACCACUGGAGCUGAAAGCAAACCAGAGGAGGUGCAGAACCGGGAUCUCCGGGAGAUCGGCCUCACAAAGCAUGACUCCUUCCGCACCAGACUGAACCCAAUGCUUCAUAGAAACUCUAGACUGCGAUCGUCACUGAUCUUCAGCUCAUCCAAGUUUGAGCAGCACAGCUCUCUGGUAGCGAAAACUGUCUCAAGUCACGAGGAAGAGGACGAGACAAAUCCCAGUAAAACCACCUCUAUCGUUGCUCAGAUAUUGGAAAAGAGGAGAUCCAUGUCAAGAGAGCCAUUUGACUGGAGCAGUCACAAAAAGCUAGAUGCCAAAGAUUCAGCCCCUACAGAGACUCCACAAACACAGGAGUCAUCUCAAGUUCCCUCUAGUGAAGGAGAGAUUAAAAAGCCGUUACCCGAGGAAAAAACUGAAGCCACACCACCAGUGGAGCCUCCAAACACUUUAAGCACUGCAACAAGCUUGAAUGAUCCUGAGAGCAGGCUUCAGUACUUCAAAGAACUCGCUGCCAAACGAAAGGCAUCAAGGAUGGCAAUGGAAUCUGCUGUCAGAAGCCCAGAGCCAGCUCUCAAAAAGCCAGACCUCUCAGACACUCCACCAGAUCUUGCUCCCCAAAAAUCAGCCAUUGUUGACACACUGACAAAACCUACUGCCAGUACGCCAGAAACAGCAGAGAUGGAGCCUGAAGCGUCAGUAAUAACUUCAUCAGAAGUUAAUUUUAAAGAAGAUGAGCUUCAGUCUGCAGGGCAGAGAGAACUCAGUGAUGCUCCAGAAGUGCCAAACAAAGAAGCUCUGCCGUCAAAGCCAACAAAAUUAUCCCCUUCUCCCAAGUUCUUCAAAAAAGAUUCACUGAAUCCUUUCAAAAGUCACUCUCGACGCGUCUCCUGCGACGAGAAGGUGUUCACAGAUGCCACGGAUGCCGAGAAGAGUGAAAUGAAGAAAGCUACUGCCACACCAAGUGGAGAGUCAGCGGGGAAGCUGACUAGGAGGCUCGGCUCCACCAGCUCGCUAAACUCAGAUGGGGAAGGCAAGCAAGACACUAAGGCAAUGGAUUUUCUGAAGAAGCAGAAGCAACGACUGAAGGGAUUGCUUGGAACGAAAAGCGAUAAGAAAGCCGUGGGAGCCGCUGAGGAAAAGACAGGUCAGGUUAUCUAUACAGUUAAAGAAGUAUCAGAGAAUCCCGUUCAAAACGUUUACCCAGCAUCUGACAGCAUCGCAAGGACAUCACAAGGUGACAGUAGCAUAACGGCGACAGGGAGUAAGGGAGAGAAAGUCAACAAAGCAGCGUCCAAGACAACCCGACCUGGUUAUCAGUCCUCUACUAGUAACAUGCUCUACAGUAGUAACCUUCGCGAUGAUACCAAGGUUAUUCUAGAACAGAUCUCUGCAAACAGCCAAAAGAACAGGAUGGAGUUGGCCAAGCAGCCGCCUGACAGCGUAGAAAAGGUCAAAGAAGGGGAGGGAAACGUGCAGAAGAAGACCGAGCCAGAUCCAUCCGUUUCUUACCAGAGCAGGAACCGGUUCCAGCGCACCCAAGCCAACAGCCAUGAAAGAGACAGUAUCCUGAAGAGGAUUGAGAGCUUGCGUAAAGAGAAGAAAGUCUACAGCCGCUUUGAGAUGGGAAAUACUCUUGGAUAAUGAAACAGAUGGGAAACGACUGCUAAGGUCCUGUUCACUACUUUGCUACAAUAAGCUUGAUUUGGGGUUCUGAAGCGGAGGCUGCCUUGGAUCUUCCACAGAAAAACACAACAAAGGCCCAUGUAUUUAGUGCAGGAAGAGAUCUACUCAGGAUCUAUUCCAGAGCGUCUGCCCUACAGCAGGAUUAGCAGCAGGAUAACAUGCAGAAAAGAAUGUGAACGAGACGAGUCUACAGACGCGACACUGGCAGAGAAAAGAUUUUCCUUCCUUUUUGCCUUCUUUGUGUCUUUCAGUGUCACGGUUCUGUCGUCACAUUUGCUUAAUCGCUCCAGCCCUAUCAUCUCUAUUUUGCACCUAGCUGUGUGCAGUUUUUGACAGCUGAACAUCUGAAACACCAACGCAAAAACAGACAAAUUACCUAACAUCCUGACAUGAAAGGAUCGUUGUGAACACCCUUGAACAGCUGCGAACCGCUGAGCCAUUAGCUACACUGUGCCUGCACAGGUACAGGAUGCAAGCGACCAAAGCCGUGCAGUUAGCCAACAUGGCUGCGUCUCGAGGCCCAGAGGGCUCUGUGGAAAUGUGGCCUUAACAAUGCCUACAGACCUGAAUGAAAUGUGGACAGUGAGCCAUGGAUCUGUUCCUGUUCUACACUACAGCCUGCAUCAUAAAAAUAUUCAUUUGAAUGAGAAAGGAGGGAAAACAUAAAUAACAGAAAAGACAAAAGAAUGAGAAUAUAUUUCACCAAAGCAAACAAUCAUUUCAUUUUCUCAGGUGAGCUUGACUGUGUAGGGUUAAAGCCCUUGUUUUUAUCUGACAAAUGGAACAUGUACUGACUAUCCAGCUGACGCCGAUCAGUAGCAUUUGGUGACUCAGGGUGCAUUUGUAAGAAUGCUGAAGCACAGUCUAUAAAACAGGGAUACAAGCAGCUGCACAAGGUGAUUUACAAAGAAUGACUUGAUCUUACUUUGUACAAGUACUCCAUGGUCCAACAAAAGAACUACGCACGUCUGAUCAUUAAAUGAUUACUGUUUCUAUACAUUCAGGAAUUUCUUACACAGCUGGGCGGUACAUUAAAUGGUAGCAGAUUAAAUUCUGUAAUUUCCUCAACACUUAAGUGCCUUUAUAUGUUAUUUGUACUAUAUUCUGUGCAUAUACAUGAUUGCCUUUGACAGAUGUGGAAAGGGAACUCAACACAGGAGUUAUGUUUUAAUUGUAUUCCAUGUCAGCUGUAUUAAAAUAUUCUCAUUUCUUA